GAGCGAGCGCGGCAGGGAGGAGCGCGCGGCGGGGCGAGGGCACCCCGGGGCCGGCGCCACUCCCGCUGAGCCGCGGCCACCUUCCGGCGGACCCUCAGGACUCUGCGCGCCGCGCCGCAGAUUUCUGCUUGGCAGAUUAGCCAAAAGCAAUAGAGGCUACUCUGUCCGCGUUCUGCGUGCUUCUCUCCGUGAGACCCCACGACAGACCCCAGGCCCACGUCCACUGGGCUUCCAGACACCUACCCAGCCCCAGACAUUGCUCUGGGGUCUGCCUGAGGCCUGCAGUGUGAAGAUGCCGAGCACCUUCCUAGCAUGACGACCCUGGACCAUGUGAUCGCCACCCACCAGUCCGAGUGGGUCUCCUUCAAUGAGGAGCCACUCUUUCCCGUCCCUUCUGAGGGGGGCCCCAAAGAGCACCUCCCAGGAGCGUCCUCUUCCUCAGACCAGUCCGAGAGCUCCUCCGGGGAGCACCAUGCCUUGGAUGGAGGCUCUCAGGACCUUUCCCACUCAGAGCAUGAUGACUCUUCUGAAAAGCUGGGCCUCAUCUCUGAAGCAGCCUCCCCUCCCGGGAGCCCCGAGCAGCGCCCACCUGACCUGGUCUCAGCCAUCAGCGGCUGGGUUCAGUUUGAAGAUGAUGCACCCUGGGCCAGCUCAUCACCACCUCCUAAAGAAGCAGGGGGGACAGGUAGGCCAGCCACAUCACUGACCAUGCCCUGCUGGACCUGCCCUUCUUUCGACUCCCUGGGGAGAUGCCCUCUGUCCUCCGAGAGCAGCUGGACCACACAUUCUGAAGACACCAGUAGUCCUAGUUUUGGCCCCUCAUACACAGACCUGCAGGUCGUCAGUGCUGGGGAGCAGAGUGGCCUGGCUUCGGGGGCCGACUCAACAGACAAUUCCUCCUCUCUUCAGGAGGAUGAAGAGGUAGAGAUGGAGGCCAUCAGCUGGCAGGCCGGCAGCCCGGCCAUGAACGGGCACCCCACCACGCCAGUGACCUCUGCGCGUUUCCCCAGCUGGGUCACUUUUGAUGACAAUGAAGUCAGCGGCCCUUUGUCCCCCAUCACAUCUCCUCUGAAGCCAGAAACACUGCCUCUCACCUCUGUGAUCCCAGACGGACCUUGCAACUCAACAGGGUCAUUUAAGAAGCGGGAACGGCCCAGGAGCACUUUGAUGAACUUCUCCAAAGUUCAGAAGCUAGACGUGUCCUCCGUAAGCCAUCCGCCUGCCAUGCCCGAGGCUCCACCUUGGAGGGCCACCAAUCCUUUUCUGAAUGAGACGCUACAGGAUGUACAGCCCUCCCCCAUCAACCCUUUCCGGGCUUUCUUUGAGGAGCAGGAGAGGCGAGCCCAGAACAGUUCUGUGUCCGGUACCCCAGGCAAGAGCCAGAGAGAUUCCCUCAUCGUCGUCUACCGGGACGCCAUCAGUUUUGAUGACUCGAGCCGAAACCAGUCACGCUCGGAUGCUGUGGAAAAACUCAAGCGGCUCCAAAUCGAGGACUCUGACCACUUCGGGGGUGCGACACUCCCUGAUGAUGACCCGGCUGCCUGGGCUGAACUGGAUGCCCACCAGGCAGGCUCCGAGCAGUCCCCACCCAGGGACGGCUGGCCCAUGAUGCUUAGGAUCCCUGAGAAGAAGAACAUCAUGUCCUCCAGGCACUGGGGACCCAUCUACGUCAAACUGACGGACGGUGGUUACCUGCAGCUGUAUUACGAGCAGGGCCUGGAGAGGCCAUUCCGUGAGUUCAAGCUGGAGAUGUGCCAUGAGAUUUCCGAACCCCGGCUCCAAAACUACGACGAGAAUGGUAGGAUCCACAGCUUGCGGAUAGACCGCGUCACCUACAAGGAGAAGAAGAAGUACCAGCCUAAACCCGCCGUGGCCCACUUGGCCGAGAGGGAGCAGGUCAUCAAGCUGGGCACCACCAACUACGAGGACUUCCUGAGCUUCAUCCGUGCGGUUCAGGACCGCCUCAUGGAGCUGCCGGUGCUGUCAACGGAGCUGAGCACGGUCGGCCUGAACUACCUGGAAGAGGAAAUGACGGUGGAUGUCCAAGAUGAAUUCUCCGGCCUCGUGAGCAAGGGAGACAACCAGAUCCUCCAGCACAGUGUCCUGACGCGGAUCCACGUGCUGAGCUUCCUCUCGGGCCUGGCCGAGUGCCGGCUGGGCCUCAACGACGUCCUGGUCAAAGGGAACGAGGUGGUGUCCCGCCAGGACAUCGUGCCCACCACCACCGCCAAGUGGAUCCGGCUCCACGAGUGCCGCUUUCACGGCUGCGUGGAUGAGGACGUGUUCCGCGGCUCGCGCGUCAUCCUCUUCAACCCUCUGGACGCCUGCCGCUUCGAGCUCAUGCGGUUCCGGACGGUGUUCGCCGAGAAGACCUUGCCCUUCACGCUCAGGACGGCGGCGAGCAUCCACGGGGCGGAGGUGGAGGUGCAGAGCUGGCUGAGGAUGUCGGCGGGCUUCUCCUCCAACUGGGACCCCCUCACCCAGGUCCCCUGCGAGAACGUGAUGGUCCGCUACCCCGUGCCCAGCGAGUGGGUGAAAAACUUCCGCAGGGAAAGCGUCCUGGGGGAGAAGUCUCUGAAAGCCAAAGUGAACCGGGGGGCAAGUUUUGGCUCAGCCAGCGUCUCCGGCUCUGAGCCGGUCAUGAGAGUCACCCUGGGGACUGCCAAGUACGAGCACGCCUUCAAUGCCAUCGUGUGGAGGAUAAACCGACUGCCUGACAAAAACUCAGCUUCUGGUCACCCACACUGUUUCUUCUGCCACCUUGAACUUGGCUCAGACCGGGAAGUGCCUUCCAGAUUUGCCAAUCACGUGAAUGUCGAGUUCAGCAUGCCUACAACGUCUGCCUCCAAAGCUGCUGUGAGAUCCAUCUCUGUGGAAGACAAGACGGACAUCAGGAAGUGGGUCAAUUAUUCUGCACACUACAGCUACAAGGUGGAAAUUGAGCAAAAAAAGAGUUUGAAGCUGGACUUGGAUGGAGAUGACAUGGAAAAUCCCAAGGAGUGCGGGGUCCAGUGAUGAGGCUGUCUUGCAGGGGUUCCUGACCCAAGUGGCACGAUAGGAUGUCUUCCUGAAUAGCUGAAAUUCAAGUCAGUACCUAGCAUGGCUCCUCCCUGUGGGGAACAGGGUAUGGACCGUCCUGUUUGUAGUUACCUGUAUUCUAACAGGAAACCCUAAGAUGGCUGCCUGAGAGAGGCUCUGACUAUGCUUGAAGCUGUCGGGUCCCCUGGCCUGUGGAGCUUACCGUAUAAUUAAGCCUCUUCUCCACUCUUGCUUAUCUCACGGCUCUUGGGUGUGGCUUGUCGUGAGUGAUCAUAGUCAGGAAAAGACCCC